GGGCUGCAACACGUGUUUUCUAUUUACACACAAGAUUGUCCGGUUAUCAGACUAUCGGCGUUCGAACUGUAAUAAAAUGAAAUAGGUGAAAUGUAAUAUUUAAUAAUACAACUAUUAUGCAACGGAUUUCGCCCAGUCCUGAGUCCAAUGUUGAUCGAAUUUUUAUCGUGGACGCAACAGUGAAAUGUGUCGAAUGAAAGUAACACGUCAUCAGUAUUGGACCUACGCUAUAGCUUAACUGCCAGUCUUGACUGAGAGCUUGAACAUGUACGACUGGAUCGAGAACGUCGUAGAACUGGAAUCGAACAUUGGCUCGUAUCCAAAUCCAGGAACCAAAGUUUUUCAAUACGGCACGUCGGGCAUUCGUUAUAAUUCUGAACACCUGGACCAUGUCCAGCAUCGAAUGGGCCUAUUGGUCGCUCUGCGCUCAAUACAUUUGAAAUCGGCAGCAGUCGGGCUAAUGAUAACAGCCUCGCACAAUCCGCAAGAUGAUAAUGGCAUCAAACUAAUUGACCCUCAAGGAGAAAUGUUGGACAGCUCUUGGGAAGUGUAUGCCACCGAAUUGGCUAAUGCCCCAAACAACCAGGAUGUAUGUGCCACGCUCAUAAAUAUUGCUAAAAAAUAUAAUAUUGACAAAUCAUACAUACCUCGUGUGUACAUCGGUCGCGAUACUAGAAAUUCUGGUAAAAGAUUAUUGGACGCUGUGCUUUGCGGUGUUAAAGCUUUUAAAAGUAAUGUUGAGGAUUUUGGCAUAAUAACAACACCAAUGUUACAUUUCUUUGUUAGAUGUUAUAACACCAACUGCCUAUACGGUCAGCCAAAUGAACAUUCUUACUAUAGUAAAUUAACAAACAGUUUUAAAACUUUGCGUAAAAUGUGUUUGGAUUUGAAAAAUUAUAGCCCUGUAAUAGAAUUUGAUGGUGCUAAUGGGGUGGGUGCUUUAAAAAUGAAAGAUGCAAUCAUAUAUUUAGAGGAAACAUUGGUGAUUAAUAUGCAUAAUGAUGACAUAUUGAACACAGAAAAAUUGAAUCACAAAUGCGGUGCAGACUUUGUGAAAUCAAACCAAUGCCCUCCUACUGGGAUGACUAUUAAACCAUACUCAAAAUAUGUGUCCGUGGAUGGAGAUGCAGAUAGAAUAGUUUAUUCUUUUAUUGAUGAAAACAACAAAUUUUAUUUAUUAGAUGGUGAUCGAAUUGCUACACUUGUGGCUGGUUAUAUAAAAGAAUUAUUCGACGCUUCUGGUCUUGAUGUCAACGUAGGGUUGGUACAAACUGCUUAUUCAAAUGGAAAUUCUACAAAAUAUGUAACUGAUAAGUUGAAAGUACCUGUUGCAUGUGUUCCGACUGGUGUUAAAUAUCUUCAUCAUAAAGCCAAUGACUAUGAUGUUGGCAUUUAUUUUGAAGCUAAUGGUCAUGGUACUAUAUUAUUCCAAGACGCUAUACGUGAACUUAUUCGAAAUCAAUCUGCUAUUGAAAAAGAUGAAGCAAUGUCACUGGCACUGAAGAAAUUGAUUUGCAUUAUGGAUAUGACUAACGAAACUGUAGGUGAUGCUUAUUCCGAUAUGCUGCUUGUUGAGUCUGUACUUUGUGAACGAGGAUGGAGCAUAAGUGAUUGGUAUAAAACAUACUCUGAUUUGCCAAACCGUCUGACAAAAGUUACUGUUAAGGACAGAAAUACAUUUGAGACUGGUGACGCUGAGAGAAUUUGUAUCAAACCACCAGGCCUUCAAGGAGUAAUAGAUUCUAUUGUGUCAAAGUAUUCUAUGGGCAGAUCUUUUGUCAGACCUUCUGGUACAGAAGAUCUGGUGAGAAUUUAUGCUGAAGCAGACACUCAAACCAACGCUGAUAAACUUGCUGUUGAAGUGGCUACCGCUGUUUACGAUAUAGCUGAUGGUGUUGGAAAAAAACCAGAAUAAAAUAGACUUUACAAAGUAUAAUUUAAUGUGUUCAAAUAUAGUAACUAUACAGGGUUAAUAAAGCAUACUUGAUUUAAGUGAUUAUGUAUUAUUAUGCUGGUACACAUUCACGAAAAUUAAAUUUUUUUGAUAUAUCUACGUUCAGUUUUUAUUGCAUAACAUAUUUUUGUGAAACUAAUAGCUAAUUUUAGAAGAGAAAUAUUGUUUGAAUUUGAUUAUAUUUAAAUACUUAUAUAGUAUAUACAUAGUUUAUGUCAAUGUUACGAGAUCUUUAUUUUUAAAUUGUUUGUGUUUCUAUUUUUUAUAUGAUGUUAUAAUGAUUAAAUAAUAUUAAAAUUAAUUUAAAAUCUAACUUAAUAUUGUACAAUAAAUUAUGGUUGAAUUGUUUUGAACUGUAAAUCAUAAUAAUUAGAACAAUGUUGAUAAUUACUUACCUUGCACUCGUGUUUUUAAAAAAGCUCUUUUAUGACCGCGUUGAACAAGUAACACCAGAUAGUGUUGGCUGGCGAGGAGCCCAUUUAGUUGUAUGUUUGUUUCAUUGUUUUCAUUACAAAUUAAAACACUAUACUACUAUUACUAAAAAAAUAUUGUACAUUUAUUUAUAAUUAUGUUGUAACAAUAGUCAAUAUAUCGACAAAUUAAUACAUUGUUCAUUGUAUUAUAUAAUAUUUACAUGAAGUGAAAGCAAAUAUUUUACAUUUGAAAUGCUUAAAAUUUCAAUUUAGUUCUACUAAUUAAUUAGGCCCAAAUCCAAUUAAACAUUGUGAACUUCUUCAGUCAAAUUAAAUGUCUUAUGACUGACAAAUACUGCUAUGUAAUCAUAUUAUAUAUGUUCUAUAUGAUUCAAUAUAAAUAAUUUUUACUUUAGUUCA